CGCGUGUAGCAGCGCGCCUGCGCAGAGCUGAAAGGCUCUCAGUGGGCAGGGCCAGGCCGUAUAUGGGGCUGGGGUUGUGGUGUGUCUUGCUUGGAGUCCUUCUUAAUCUCUCUAAGGUUAGGGGAAGACUUUCUUACCAGCAAUGGGGAGUGCAUGAAGACGGGGCUCACUCCUCUCUUUUCUUAUUCUGGAUCAAUGUCCGACCCACUAGGAGAAUGUUUGAGGAUCUCCCACCCCUUACUCCUCUUUAACCACUCCCAGCCUCCUUCCAGUAGCAGCAGUGGUAUGUCUGUGAGCCCUUCCUUCGUUGUCAGGGAGAGUUUGGAGCGCCCUCCACCCCACCCCCACUUUACCCCCUUGUACCUCUCAUCUCGACCAGGUCUGGUGAUGCUCCAUGUCCCUCCUUUCCCCCAUUAUCCGCUCUUCUCCCCUUUACGGUCCCUGGUGAUUCCCUAACACAUCUCCCUUCAGCAUUGUGUCUGCGGAGCCUCUGUGAACCCCCCAUCACAGUCUGCUGACUGCCAUUUGCCACCUAACACAGGGUCCGUGAGUCUACCAUCAUUACACCCCAAGGGCUUUGGGGUGCCCCCGGCGCCCUUAAGAACAUUGUUUGGUGCAAUGCCCCUUUCCCCCAAACUCAGGGCACCCUGUCUGUGACUCCUCCCACCCCACAGUAUCUGGUAACCCCUCCUCCAUGAGAAAGCCAGGACAGCCUGUUCAUGUCCAUUAUGUACCUGACACGCCCCAGUGCAGUGCAUGCUGACUUCCCCGUUAGUCCCCAGCCCAGAGACUUCGUGUGCUCCUGUGGCCUCCAGGACAGUGUGUGCUGCCUCUCUUUAUGUCCUAACCCCCACCCCACCCCGCCCUAUGCAGUGAAAUGGAGACCUUGGCACUUAAGGGAGCCCCAUGGCACCUGCCCAGCCCCACCUGAGCCCGUCUUGACAAAGUCCUAGGCUCCAUGGAGCCACCACGGGGCCCCCCUGCCAACGGGGCCGAGCCGUCCCGGGCAGUGGGCACCGUCAAAGUGUACCUGCCCAACAAGCAGCGCACGGUGGUGACUGUCCGGGAUGGCAUGAGUGUCUACGACUCUCUGGACAAGGCCCUCAAGGUGCGAGGUCUCAAUCAGGAUUGCUGCGUGGUCUACCGGCUCAUCAAGGGGCGAAAGACAGUCACCGCCUGGGACACGGCCAUUGCCCCCCUGGACGGCGAGGAGCUCAUUGUGGAGGUCCUCGAAGAUGUCCCCCUGACCAUGCACAAUUUUGUACGGAAGACAUUCUUCAGCCUGGCCUUUUGUGACUUCUGCCUUAAGUUUCUGUUCCAUGGCUUCCGCUGCCAAACCUGUGGAUACAAGUUCCACCAGCAUUGUUCCUCCAAGGUCCCCACAGUUUGUGUCGACAUGAGUACCAAUCGCCGACAGUUCUACCACAGUGUCCAGGAUUUGUCCGGAGGCUCCAGACAGCAUGAGACUCCCUCGAACCGCCCCCUGAAUGAGCCGCUAACCCCUCAGGGUCCCAGCUCCUGCACCCAGCACCGCGACCCUGAGCACUUCCCCUUCCCUGCCCCGGCCAAUGCCCCCCUGCAGCGCAUCCGCUCCACGUCCACCCCCAACGUCCACAUGGUCAGCACCACCGCCCCCAUGGACUCCGGCCUGGUCCAGCUCACUGCCCAGAGUUUCAACACUGAUGCUGCUGGUAAUAGAGGUGGUGGCGACGGAGCCCCCCGGGGGAGCCCCAGCCCAGCCAGCGUGUCCUCGGGGAGGAAGUCCCCACAUUCCAAGUCGCCAUCUGAGCAGCGGGAGCGGAAGUCCUUGGCCGACGACAAGAAGAAAGUGAAGAAUCUGGGGUACCGGGACUCGGGCUAUUACUGGGAGGUGCCCCCCAGUGAGGUGCAGCUGCUGAAGAGGAUCGGGACGGGCUCGUUUGGCACCGUGUUUCGCGGGCGGUGGCAUGGCGAUGUGGCCGUGAAGGUGCUCAAGGUGGCCCAGCCCACAGCCGAGCAGGCCCAGGCCUUCAAGAACGAGAUGCAAGUGCUCAGGAAGACGCGGCACGUCAACAUCUUGCUGUUCAUGGGCUUCAUGACCCGGCCCGGCUUUGCCAUCAUCACACAGUGGUGCGAGGGCUCCAGUCUGUACCACCACCUGCACGUGGCCGACACACGCUUCGACAUGGUCCAGCUCAUCGAUGUGGCCCGGCAGACUGCCCAGGGCAUGGACUACCUCCAUGCCAAGAACAUCAUUCACCGAGAUCUCAAGUCUAACAACAUCUUCCUACACGAGGGCCUCACGGUGAAGAUCGGGGACUUCGGCCUGGCCACAGUGAAGACGCGGUGGAGCGGGGCCCAGCCCUUGGAGCAGCCCUCGGGCUCCGUGCUGUGGAUGGCGGCUGAGGUGAUCCGGAUGCAGGACCCGAACCCCUACAGCUUCCAGUCUGACGUCUAUGCCUAUGGGGUGGUGCUCUACGAGCUCAUGACCGGCUCGCUGCCUUACAGCCACAUUGGCAGCCGUGACCAGAUUAUCUUCAUGGUGGGCCGUGGCUAUCUGUCCCCGGACCUCAGCAAAAUCUCCAGCAACUGCCCCAAGGCCAUGCGGCGCCUGCUGUCUGACUGCCUCAAGUUCCAGCGGGAGGAGCGACCCCUCUUCCCCCAGAUCCUGGCCACGAUUGAGCUGCUGCAGCGGUCACUCCCCAAGAUUGAGCGGAGUGCCUCGGAACCCUCCUUGCACCGAACCCAGGCUGAUGAGUUGCCUGCCUGCCUACUCAGCGCAGCCCGCCUUGUGCCUUAGGCCCCACCCCCAGCCACCAGGGAGCCAAUCUCAGCCUGCCACGCCAAGGAGCCCUGCCCACCAACCAAUCAAUGUUCUGUCUCUGCCCUGAUACUGCCUCAGGAUCCCCCAUCCCCGCCCUGGGAGAUGAGGGGGUCCCCAUGUACUUUUCCAGUUCCUCUGGAAUUGGGGGACCCCCCAAAGACUGGGACCCCUGCCUCCUCCAUAAUUGGGUUUGUUCUUGGCUUUGGGGAUACUUAUAAAUUCAGGGGCUCCUCCAUCUCCAAUGGCUGGGAUUUGUGGCAGGGAUUCCACUCCGAGCCUCUCUGGAAUUUGUGCCUGAUGUGCCUUCCACUGGAUUUUGGGGUCCCCAGCACCCCGUGUGGAUUUGGGGGGGUCCCCUCUGUCUCUCCCUCACCAUUCAAGGACUCCCCUGUUUCUUCACCAAGAAGCACAGAAUUCUGCUGG